AUGAACUUCCAGGUAACAGGCCUGGCCCUGGACAAGAUGAAGCUGAAGAGUCCACAGUCCUUCCUGGACUCUGAGGAGGUAGAGGAGGCAGAGGACCAGCAGCUGCUGGAGCCAGAGGCUUGGAGGACCUACAUGGAGCGCCACAACAUGCUGCGUGAGUUCCUGACCACAGAGCUGAGUCCCCAGCUGCUCAAGCGCCACCACGUCCGCAUGCAGCUACUCAAGAAGUGCUCGUACUACAUUGAGAUCCUCCCUAAACACCUGGCCCUGGGUGACCAGAACCCAGUGGUGUUGCCCAACACCAUGUUCCAGCUCAUUGACCCCUGGAAGUUCCAGCGCAUGAAGAAGGUAGGCACAACACAGACCAAGAUCCAGCUCUUGCUGCUUGGAGAACUGCUCGAGCAGCUAGACCGAGGCCGGGCAGCACUGGACGCCCUGCUUGAGGCACCUGAUCCACAGCCCUUCCUGGCUGGCUGGGGGCUCGUGGAGCAGCAGUUGGCAGACUUGUCAGUUGUCAUGGACAACUUCCUGGCCAUCAUGGCUCCAGGGCACCUGCAUGUCAAGCACCGCCUUGUGUCUGACAUUGGAGCCACCAAAAUCCCACGCAUCCGACUUAUGCUAAGCACUAAGAUGCCAGUCAUGUUUGAUCGGAAGGAGUCAGUGGCCUAUCAGGACUGGGUCAGCUUGCGCUGGUUUGUUACCAGCCAGCCAGCAGCACCAGAGCAGUAUGAGCUGCGCUUCAAGCUGCUGGAGCCACAGACACAACAGGAGUGUACACAGUGUGGCGUUGUCCCUGUGGCCUCCUGCACCUUUGACGUCCAUAACCUAUUGCCCAACCGUACCUACAAGUUCACUAUCAAGAGGGCAGAGAGCUACACCCUGGUGUAUGAGCUCUGGCAGGACAGCCUCACCCUGCAGACCAUGCCAGGGCCCCCUGAAGGACCUGCUUCCAGUUGUCUGGGCAAGCCUAGCCCACCCCUGACUGUACCUUCUGAGAGACGAUUUUCUAAUAUUUAUCCCUAA